CUUUAUUGUAGACAUUUCCUCUAGCGAGAAUAAUGCAACUGAAACUUUGUCGUACACCACGCCCAACAAAAGGGUACCCUUGGUAGUGAAAACGCAAGCCUGAUAAAGGUGACCCGUACCAACCCGAACUGUAUCGUACGGUACCACUCAGUGGAAACGAGCCAUUACAGUAUAUUCUGUUAUUUUCAUGCAUUUGUUUUUCAACAUUGUCCUAAUUUUUCUGAUUUACCCCAAAGGAUGUCUAUACUUACUGCACGGAUGUCCCCAGGGAUUACAUUUAAAGGAAAGAUAGCUCAGGAGGCCAAAAUCAGACUUAUUAGGGCGUAGGAGAUCUUGAUUUACAUGUUUGUAUUGCUCUCAUAUUGCCUUAACGUUUUUCCUGAAUUGUACUUUUUCAAAAAUCUGUUGACACAGAAUGUAUGAAAUGCAAGUGGAGGAUGCUGUGGAUGUCGACUGGGAGGAUCUCACAGCUGUUUUUGGGGAUGUCCCUCCAGCAUAUGCUCAGUUAAGAUGGCGCCAUCUUAAAGCCCGCUAUGUUCCAGGUUGGAAAAACAAGUGUUUUAGAGAGAUUGUUACCUUUCUGUAUGAGAAGACUCUUCCAGGCCUGCAGUCAAAAUGUGAAUACCGUUAUGGCAGUGAUCUCAAGCUAGAGCAGAAGCAGCGGUUCCGGCUUUCAAGAAUUUUUCAGGACAUUAAUGAUGAAGAUUGCUGUGACAGUGAUGAAGAGACUGGCCAGCAGGAGAGCAACAGCUCAACUUAAUCAACUGUGAGCCAACAGUGUAAAUAUUACAGGCCUUAAAAUCUAAUUUCAAGUUGUACAUGUCAGUUAAUUUAGCAGUAAAUAAACAGAUAUUUUAAAAGGU